AUGGCUGAACCCGAAGAGAGGAGCCUGGACGACUUCUUCGCUAAAAGAGACAAAAAGAAGAAGAAAGACAAGGCCAGUGCGCCCGCCAGCAGGGGGGCAGCCAGGCCGCCGGACGGGUCACAGUCCUCAUUAGUGUCCCUGAGCAGCGGAGGGGCCAAGAGCUUCAGGAAGGAAAAGUUCGGCAAAAGCGAGGCUCAGGACCCCCAGCAGGAGAAGGAAGACGAUGAAUGGAAAGAAUUUGAGCAAAAAGAAGUCGAUUACAGCGGACUUAGAAUUCAGUCACUGCAGAUAAGCAGUGAAAAAGAAGAUGAUGAAAGUGAAAAGAAGGAGGAACAAGGGACAGAUUGGGAAGAGACAGGUGGCUCUGGCACAGAUAAGUCACUGGGGCCUUGGAAUAAGACUGCUCCUGCUCAGCCUACUGUAAAUCUUGUAACUGAAGUUCCAGAACCUGCACAGCCCAGUGGUGUAUAUAGACCCCCUGCUGCCAGAGUGGCAACUACAACACGGAAACCCCAAGGCCCCCCUGAAAUUUUUAGUGAUACCCAGUUCCCAUCACUACAGGCCACUGCCAAGCAUAUAGAGUCCCGCAGAGAUAAAGAGAUGGAGAAGACUUUUGAAAUAGUGAAGCAUAAAAACCGUGCAAGGGAAGAAGCCGCAAAGAACCAGGCUCUCCGCCUUCAGUUAGACAACCAGUACGCUGUUCUAGGUGAACAGUAA